AGCACAGUGCCCACUGAGCUGCCAUACCGGUGCACACACAGCUAUGGGGACUGUAGAGGAAACCUUUAAGUGUCCCGUCUGCCAGGACUUCUUGACAGAUCCUGUGACGCUGCCCUGCGGACAUGACUUCUGCCUCACCUGUAUCCAGGCUGUGUGGGAAACAGAGGGAUCUGAUGAGGGUCCUUUCUUCUGUCCAGAAUGUCAGAUAUUCCUCCCCUCUGACCUCACACUGGAGGUAAACACCAGCCUUCAGAAUAAAGUAAAGGACUUCAUCAAUAACAGCUCGUCAAUAGAAGAGCUACGGACACCACCACCAAGCGGGGCAACCGUAUCAUCUUCAACCAUCCGCUGUGACCACUGCAUAGAGACACCAUCGGUGGCCAUAAGGACCUGUCUGACCUGUGAUGCCUCACUGUGCCAGGCUCACGCCCUGCUGCACCAGCAGAGGUCUGCUCUGAGGGAGCACACAGUUGUGGAGGUGACGGGGGAUCCUCUGUCUCUGAAGUGCAGGGAGCACCGUGAUGAGCUCAAGCUCUUCUGCAUGGAGGAGAGGGCCCCUGUGUGCUGUCUGUGUGUCCUGGUCGGCACGCACAAAAACCACAAAGUGUUUCAACUCCAUGAAGCCUGCACAGACUACAAGAGCAUGUUGGAGACCACCAUGAUCAAACUGCUGAAGAGGAGAAGUGAAGCAGAACAUGCCAUCAUGGACUUGGAGUCAUUGUAUACACAAACAGUGGUACCGUCGAUGGGAAAUAGCCAUCUAUUGUUUUAUUUGAAGACUCCCCUCUUGUAUGUAUUUAAAUAA